AUGUGGAACCCUCUGUUUUCCCAUGAGGACCUGUCACAGAGACUGGAGCUCACAGACAGGACCUCACUGACAGGACCUCACAAAGACUGGACCUCACAGACAGGACCUCACAAAGACUGGACCUCACAGACAGGACCUCACAAAGACUGGACCUCACAGACAGGACCUCACAGACAGGACCUCAAAGAGACUGGGCCUCACAGACUGGACCUCACAGAGACUGGACCUCACAGACAGGACCUCACAAAGACUGGACCUCACAGACAGGACCUCACAGACAGGACCUCAAAGAGACUGGACCUCACAGACGGGACCUCAAAGACUGGACCUCAAAGACUGAACCUCAAAGACUGGACCUCAAAGGCUGGACCUCACAGACUGGACCUCACAGAGACUGGACCUCACAGACUGGACCUCACACAGACUGGACCUCACACAGACAGGACCUCACAAAGACUGGACCUCAAACAGACAGGACCUCACACAGACUGGACCUCACAGACCUCCGCAUGGUCCAGUCCCUGGUUGGUCCUCUGCAGUUGCGUUACUGUGUGUCUCCCUGUCAUUACUUGUGUAAAGUGUGAUGACAGCAGAGUGGAGCAGCGGCAGACACACGGGCUCUCUGUGAUCACUGUGUUUACUGAACAUUAG